CAUAGAGAUCAAAGCUUGAAAACAAUCAAACCACAGUAUGGCGUAUCUCUAAAAAUCUCUUACUUAUUUUCUCUCUCUCUCCUUCAAAAAAACCCUAUUUAAAUACCACCCCACUUCUUUCUCCCAUGCAACUUCCCAUAAUUAUCUCUCCAUAUUUUGUUCACUUCUCUCUAGGUUUUUCUCUCUUUUCCAAGUUUGUUUUGCUUUUUCUUGCAAACAAUAUUAAUUAACUAGGGUUAAUAUUUUAUAUAUUUUGCUAGGUAAUAGCUAUAGAAUCAAAUCUUGAUCAGAGUUAUAUAUCACAUAGUAUAAUAAUAUUAGAGAUGUCUAGCAGAAGAUCCCGAUCAAGAACAUCAUCUGGAACUUCAAGAAUCUCCGAUGAUCAGAUCCUUGAUCUUGUUUCUAAGUUACAACAGCUUCUUCCUGAGAUUCGGAAUCGCCGCUCCGAUAAGGUUUCAGCAGCAAAGGUUUUACAGGAGACUUGCAACUACAUAAAAAGCUUACACAGAGAGGUUGAUGAUCUUAGUGAGCGGUUGUCGGAGCUUCUCGCAACAACUGAUACUGCACAAGCUGCUCUAAUUAGAAAUUUACUUAUGCAAUAAUUAAUUAAGACUACAUUAAUUACUAUAUUAAAAGCAUGCAGUUUGUAUUAAUUUCUCUUGAAUUUGUAGCUAGGUUUUUAUCAUCACUUACUAUAGUAGUAAGUGAUGAUCAAUAUGUAGCGCUUGCUUAAUGAUUAGAGAGAGUUUUCUUAUUUUUUGCAAGCUUUAAUUUUAUAUUUUCAGGUUGAGGAAUUAAUAUAAUAAAAAAGGGCUUAUGGCUUCCAUUUUGGUGACA